UAUGCCACUCCUGCUGUCCCUCAGGAUAACAUCAUUUUGAAGGUCCACCUUUCCAAAUUACCUUUUCUGCCAGUAGCCGACCUUCACGCCACUUUGGUCGAUAAUUUCUCUCGAUAUGGUAAUGUGAGAGACGUUACCAUUUACCUAGACGACGAAUCCAACACAGCUUUCUGUGGCAAUGGUGCUAUCUUUUUGGAUAGAUCAAUCGACCCGACUAACCCUAGAGCCUGGGAUAAACUGACGUAUAAAAUUGAUUUGGGCAAUCAGUCCUUUUGUCUUGGAAAAUGGGCUAAAAUGGAGUCACAUUGCGUAUAUUGUAAACAAAUGGGUCAUACCCGUAAGGACUGUCAAGAAAUCCCAACCAUUAGCAAGACAUGUUAUCUAUGCGAUAGACGCGGACACCUUGCUCGCCACUGUCCCCGCUCUCAUGGUAACUCAAUUGCAUCCUCAAAGAAACGAGUUCGUAACGAGGAACAACCUUUU